GUCAGGCAAAAAAGGGCAGCAGCAGUGGCAGCAGAUCUGCAUCAGAUAAACACAGAGGAUUUCUGCUCGCUCACGGCCUCUCGCUGCGUGUGUGUGCUUGCAUGUAAGUGUGUGUGUGUGUAUGUGUGUAUGUCUUCAGCGGCCUCCGGUGUUUCUCCAUCCUCCUGAAGAAAGCGAUCGGCUCAUAUUCCUGUGGACGUGUCUGUUGUUUUGAGCUGAAAUGGAUGUAAAAAGCUUCAUCCUGUCAGAAAGCGGUCUGUGAAAACUGGAGCCAAUGGAUAUUAAAGGCCAGUGCUGGACGGAUGAAGAAUCGGAUGGAGAGAAUGAACCAGAGCAGUUCCUGUACGGCAUCCAGGGGAGCUGUGCAGCGGAUUUGUACCGUCACCCACAACUGGACGCUGACAUUGAGGCUGUAAAAGACAUUUACACAGACAGUGCUGUGUCUGUCAGAGAGUAUGGUACGAUCGACGAUGUGGACAUCGACCUGCAAAUCAACAUCAGCUUCUUGGAUGAGGAGGUUGCGAAUGCGUGGAAGGUGAUCCGGACAGAACCCAUCGUCUUACGCCUGCGCUUCUCUCUUUCACAGUAUCUGGAUGGACCAGAACCGUCUGUGGAAGUGUUCCAGCCGUCUAAUAAAGAAGGCUUCAGUUUGGGCCUUCAGCUGAAAAAGAUCCUCAGCACGUUCACGUCUCAGCAGUGGAAACACCUCAGUAAUGAGUUCCUCAAGGCGCAGCAGGAGAAGCGGCACAGCUGGUUUAAAGCUGGAGGAACCAUCAAGAAGUUUCGUGCAGGACUGAGCAUCUUCUCCCCCAUUCCUAAGUACAUCAUUACAAGCCAUGAAUGCGAAACACCGUACUCAUUAUAAAAUUUGCAAGAAAAAAAAUAAGAUUGAAUGAAAACCUGCAGUAUAAUUAAAUUUGCAAGGAAUUUUUUAAAGAGUUGAGAGGUUCGCCUUGAAACAUUUUCAUUUUGUUUCAUGCUAUUAGUUGUGUUGUUAGAAAAUUCAAGCGUUUUCUUAGGCCCCGUUUACACUAGUGCGUUUUAGUUUUAAAACGGCGUUUUAGAAUGAAAACGAUCCGCGUCCACACUCGCGUUUUACCCAGCGUUUCUGAACUGCUCUCCGUCCACACCAAAACGCUGAAAACGCACAUCACGUGACCACACACACACACUUUGCCAAUCGCUGGAGCCCAUCUACCCAGAUGAGAGCUCUGCUAGUCGGACUUCUCAUCAAGCAUCUCCCGCUGGAUCUAAUCUCACUAUAUUUAUUAAACGGGAUAUUUCAUUCAUCUUGUUGUCUUUAUCUAACGACAUAUUCCCUGACUUUGGUCAUUGGAAUCUAUUACUUGUUCUCAGGUAACGUGUUUUGGCUGAGCGCAAAGAUAAGUUAAUGAUUAAUGUAACCACGUAGCCUACAUUCUGUAUAUUGACUGAUCGCUUGCCUUUAUUUCCUAUAAUGUAUAAACUUAUUGUAUGUUAUAAUUUAUAAUGGCCAUUAUCGAUUAUUAAAACUGAUAUUCAGCAAAA